GUAGUACUUUAGGCCUUUAGGGAAGGAGCCACAUUUCACACUCACGUCGUCAUUCCCUUCCGCCCGCGGCCUCCCUCCGACUCCACUCGAUCGAUCAGCCGCCCCCUCCCCUCCUCCUCCCCACGCUCACGCGUCGUCGUCGUCGUCGUCGUCCGCGCUCGGAAUCCCCACCCCAUCCCCGGUUGGUGCCCCGAAUCGCUCGCGCGCGGCCGCCGCCCCUGUCCUGCAACCAACGCGGCAACCGCCCGCUGAUCCCCGCUACGCUACGGUACGAUUGUGGUCUGAAUAUAUCUCCUCCGUUUCUGUGGGCGAGUCCUGCUCUGGGUAUGCAUGACACCUCCAGUGGCCCUCCGGAACGAGCUACAGGGGGUCUCCAGUUCCGCAAGGGCUGAUCUGUUCCGGGGCGCCAGUUGCAACAUCGAGAGUGAGGUGCUGGCAACUUUGGCAAAUGGCCAGGACCCACAUGCUUCAGGAACAAACACCGGUUUCAGAGUCAGACACAUUAGGCUCCCCAGCGGGGACACCUACUCCGGUACAUUGUUGGGAAGCACGCCAGAAGGUUCAGGGCGGUAUACCUGGUCAGAUGGUACUAUUUAUGAUGGCGAGUGGAGGACGGGGAUGAGGCAUGGGCAAGGAAAGACGCUGUGGCCUUCCGGAGCCAGCUAUGAGGGCGAGUAUGCCGGUGGGUACAUAUAUGGUGAAGGCACGUACACUGGACAGGAUAACAUCGUCUACAAGGGACGGUGGAAGCUGAACCGUAAGCAUGGUCUCGGAUGCCAGACGUAUCCUAAUGGGGACAUGUUCCAAGGUUCUUGGAUUCAGGGAGAAAUACAAGGUCACGGGAAAUACACAUGGGAAAAUGGAAACACGUACACCGGCAAUAUGAAAAAUGGCAAGAUGUCCGGAAAGGGAACAUUUACUUGGAAAAAUGGUGAUUCGUACGAAGGCAACUGGUUAGAUGGCAUGAUGCAUGGGUAUGGUAUCUAUACAUGGAGUGAUUGCGGGUACUAUGUCGGAACCUGGACCAGGGGAUUGAAGGACGGGAAAGGUACAUUAUAUCCUAGUGGUUGCAGAGUGCCUGCUGGUGAUGAGCUUUAUAUAAAAAAUCUAAGGAACAGAGGUGUGCUGCCUGACCCUAGAAGGCAGAAUCAUGGUUCACGCAUACUUCACUCUUCCUCAGUUGACAUGGGAAAUAUGAAGGUUGGCAUAAAUCGGGACUCUGCCUCGUCUAGAAGGAACUCAAGUGAUUCAAGAAAUGUGUCCUUGGAAAGAAGGUGGAGUCUUGAGGUAGCUAUUGAGAAAUUCAUUGGAAAUGAGAAUAGUGAAACCUCUGAAAACAUUGACGAUUCUGAGUUGCCUAUACUUGAAAGGGAAUACAUGCAAGGUGUUCUAAUCAGCGAGGUAGUACUUGACAGGAGUUUUUCGGGCUCAUCCAAGAAGGCAAAGCGCCGGCAGAAGAAGACGGUGAGAGAGACUAAAAAACCCGGAGAGGCAAUAAUUAAGGGUCAUAGAAGCUAUGAUCUAAUGCUAAGCUUGCAGCUUGGAAUCAGGUACACAGUUGGAAAGAUAACACCCAUUCAAAAACGUGAAGUUCGUGCUUCAGAUUUUGGUCCAAGAGCAAGUUUCUGGAUGAACUUCCCAAAGGAAGGAUCACGACUUACUCCUUCGCAUCCUGCAGAGGAUUUUAAAUGGAAGGACUAUUGUCCCAUGGUUUUCAGAAACUUGAGGGAGAUGUUCAAGAUUGAUGCUGCAGAUUAUAUGAUCUCCAUAUGUGGGAAUUCUGCACUUAGGGAGCUAUCUUCUCCUGGAAAGAGUGGAAGUGUAUUCUUCCUAUCGCAAGAUGAUCGGUUCAUGAUUAAGACUCUCCGAAAAUCUGAAGUCCAGGUUCUUUUACGAAUGCUUCCAAACUAUUAUAAUCAUGUCCAUACUUACGAGAACACACUCAUAACUAAGUUUUUUGGCCUGCACAGGGUAAAACCUUCUAGUGGUCAAAAGUUCCGUUUUGUUGUAAUGGGAAAUAUGUUCUGCACAGAAUUGAGAAUUCACCGCAGAUUUGAUUUGAAAGGUUCAUCCUUAGGCCGUUCUACUGACAAAAUUGAAAUCGACGAGAACACAACUCUGAAGGAUUUGGAUCUGAACUACUCCUUUUAUCUGGAACCUUCCUGGCGAGAGGCUCUACUUAAGCAGAUAAAGACCGACAGCGAAUUUCUGAAGUCACAACGGAUAAUGGAUUACAGUCUACUGCUUGGUGUCCAUUACAGAGCUCCUCAGCAUCUACGAACACGUGCUUCAUAUCGUCGAACCAUGACAGCAGAGAGAUUGACAGUUCUUUCAGAGGAAGAUGCCCAGGAGGAUGAUGCUUUUAACUACCCAGAAGGAUUGGUUCUGGUUCAAAGAGCAAACGACGAGAACAGUGUGGUCGUUGGGCCUCACAUAAGGGGAAGCCGAUUGCGGUCCUCGGCUGCUGGAUUUGGGGAAGUAGAUCUCCUGCUUCCUGGCACAGCUAGGGUUCAGAUCCAGCUGGGGGUGAACAUGCCGGCGAGGGCGGAGCAGAUCCCCAAGGAGGAUGACAGCAAGUCGUUCUACGAGGUGUAUGACGUGGUGCUCUACCUGGGCAUCAUCGACAUCCUGCAGGAGUACAACAUCACCAAGAAGAUCGAGCACGCCGUCAAGUCGAUGCAGUACGACUCGGUCUCCAUCUCCGCGGUCGACCCCGAGUUCUACUCGGAGCGCUUCCUCAAGUUCAUCCAGACCGUCUUCCCCGAGAACUCGUAGCGCCUCGGCCAACCAUUAUCAACCGUCACUCCAGUGAACGCUCCAGCCCCUGCCAUGGCAUGCCUGAUCUUCCGCCACUGGCGGGCCUGUGUACAGAAUGAGGAAUGAGGGCAUCCGCAGAGAGUCUUCUGGGGAGCUGGAUUUUUUUCAAGCAUAAGCACAAACCAUGUCUUUAUUCUGGGAAUAAAGGUGGCAUGGCUGGGGUUAUGGAGCAUGGAGAAUCCACCGACGUCCUGCUGUGGAAGAGAAGAUGAGCAUCCGACUUUCUGCGCGAAUAUAUGUGUCCGUCGAGAUCAGGAGCGAUGUGGUGGGCAUCUGGAAGAAUAGAUCCUUGGUCUACUUUUGUUGUUCGUUUCUUUGAAAGCAGCUUUGCUACUAGUGUUCACUAGGGACACACCUGUAUAAAGAACCACUACCCAAAGAUGAAAACUGAAUUUCCAACA